AUGGACAACCUCAUCUCGCAGCUGCCCACUGAGCUCGUCGAAGUCAUCGUUGGCAACCUAGGCCUUUCUGAUCUCCGCAACCUGCGCCUCGCCUGUAGGGACGUCAACGCCAAAGUCACUGUAGGCCGCCGCUUUGAAAGCUUCUGUGUCCACAAGAACGUCGAACUGCGAAAAGCUAGUCUGAAUGAUCUGGAAGCACGUCUUCGUUCGCCAGGCGUCCACCAGUAUCUGAGGCAUCUGACAGUCACGGGUGUUCUCUUGAUCACGAAAGGUCUGGAACGUAUCAUUCGGGAAAAGACAAAACCUGUGAACCCUGAGGAUCCUUGUGGCUUGGCACAUGACUCAAUCGGUAAUCAGUCUAAUUACCGUCGUACUCCGGCUUCCGACUCUGAGGUGGCAGACGCCGAGUCUCAGCUGGCUCACCUCGAAACACAAAUCCGGAUCGAAGAUGCAGAGCGGUCAGCCGGCCAUGAUCUGGAAGCCCUGGCUGAUUUACUCCGAACUGUCAAGACGCACUGCAAGCUGGCUGCGCUUGAGAGCCUGACCCUAGAUCUGGUUGUCCGUCGGGAUCUGACUACUUCUCUCUCGCCAGCGCUGGGAGCUCCACUUCGACAAGUCUGGGAGGCCGCGCAGCAUGUCCUUUGCGUCUCCAUACAGGCCUGGCAUCGUAGUGACAUAAUGAUCGAGCGGCUGCACAUCUUCUCUGAGACAGAAUCUUGCGGUGUACAGGCCUACGCGUUUGCGGCUCUUCAAAGCCAAAUCGACUUCAGAAUAUUUGGCGGACUGAAGGCUCUCACCUUGAGCAUCAGCGACCGAUUGCUUCCUCCUAGUGUCCGCGCACAGAGUCGCAUGGCCGACAGAGAUGAGGAGCGCCCGAUUCUCACACGGGAACAGAGAUUGCGCAUGCGUGCAGAGAGAGACCAGCGGGAGAAUGAUCUUCAGGCUCAAACAGCGCUCGAGGAAGCACGUGCGAGGACGAUGAUGAAGGAUCCAGACAAUAUAAACGGACUCUCAGUCUUGCUACGACACACCACGAAUCUAGAAGAGCUUCACGUCCAUCACUAUAGAUCGUUAUUCAGUCCGGAGACAUUCGACCCAAGCCUUUUUGGCACUCGAGCUUUACUUGAAAAUCUUGCUCACAGCGCACCACUCCCGAACUUGCGCAGGCUAAGCUUUCUUAACGUGGACGUUGAUGUCAGCUCGCUCCUGAUGAUGCUUAAAAAUAGUCCGCGUCUGACCUCGCUUGAGCUGCGCCUUGUAAAAAUAGCUGUCCACGGCGGCCGAAGCAUGAGGACAUUGUUCGACUACAUAACUUCACGAGGUGCGAACUUGACUCAUGUCUAUCUCGACAAUAUCUUCGAGGCAUCUGAGCAGGGGCACCUCUACAUCACUUGUUUUACCCCAGGAACCACGCCUGGAUACAGCAUCACCAACGAUGAAGAAAGAAGCGCUCGAUUAGAAAGACUGGGGUUACUCGGGAAUAAUGGGUGGGACUUAUUUCGGCCAAGCGCCAACGGCUGGAAUGAGUUUGAGCUUCUUCGGCGGGAGCAUGUUCUACGAGGCAUUGAUUAUCAGUUGAACUCACGGUACCCGGUAGGCUCUGUGCAGAAUUCACAGACGAUGGAGCAGGUAAGGCGCCAUAUGGGCCCAGUCGACCUAUAUCCCUAUUAG